UUUGAAACUUGGCACUGCCCAACAUCAUGAAGGCUGAGCGGUGCCUACCAGAAAGGCUCAGUCAUCAUCUGUCAUGGCUGACCCAAUACGACUUUCCUCGCGACUUCAAAUUCGACCUCAUCGCCGGCAUCACGGUGGCGUUGGCAAUCGUACCGCAAGAGAUCUCCCUCGCUAGUAUCAUGCACGUUCCAGCGCAGUAUGGCAUCUACACUGCGAUUCUAACGCCACUGUUAUACGCGCUAUUGGGAUCGUCUCGCGUCUUGUCGGUGGCAAAUGGGUCCGAAGUGAGCUUGAUGGUCGGGGCAGCGUUGCAACACAUCCCGAGCGUCGACGAGCGCGUGGCCGUGGGUAUCUUCUUGUCGUUUUACGUUGGCAUGAUCAACUUGGCUUUGGGGUACUUUAAGCUGGGCGUUAUUGCCGACUUCUUUUCCCGGCCAGUCAUGGGGGGGUUCUUGUCCGCUGGUGGCGUCCUCAUCAUGAUCUCUCAACUGGGUCCCUUGCUCCAACUCCCCCUUCCCCCGUCCACCUACCCCUUACAGACCCUCUACGACAUUGGUGCGCAUUUCUCCCGCAUCAAUUGGACUUCCUUUGGGGUGGGGAGCAUGGCCAUUGCACUCAAUGCCGCCAUGAAGCAAGCCAAACGUCAUUGGAUUCCCUACGUAGCUCUAGCUGACCUCUUUGAUGCGAAGAAGAAAUCGACGACACCAUCAGAUGAUCAUGUCAAAGACUUCAACAUCCACACGCCAAAGGGCGACGAUGACGACGGCAAUCACCCCACAUGGGGUUUCUCGCUGCACGAUCAUGAGUAUGCCACGCUAGAUGUACUCACAACAGCAUUGCGAGCCCAGUCCGUGGCGCGGAACCAAUGGUGGCGCACCCUCGGCUUCUUCCUUCUUCGUACGAUCUGCGACCUUGGCCCCUUGGUCAUCUGUACGGUGGGAAUCGUCGUCGGUUGCAUCGUGGGCGAACAUCGGGUAGAUGUUCUGGGCCAUAUCCCCACCGGCUUUCCGGCACCGCGUCUGCCAUGGUACGGCUACACGGACGGCGUGAUCACGUCCGUGCGGUUCGCCGACGUCAGCAUCCAGGCGUCAUCGAUUGCGUUGGUCGUGUACAUGACAAGUAUAGCCAUUGCCAAGCGUCUGGCAGUGAGAGACCAUUACACGGUCCACCCGAACCAAGAACUAGUGGGGCUCGGCGUAGCCAGUGCCCUGGGAGCGUUCUUUCAAGUGAUGCCACCCACAGGCGGCAUGUCCCGCACUGCUGUCAACAUGCAAAACGCGCGGACCCAGAUGUCGUCCAUCGUCACGGUGGCGCUGGUCGUGUUCGUGCUCUUGGUGGGCACCGAAGUACUCUACUACCUCCCCAAAGCGUGCCUCGCAGCAAACAUCAUCGUGGCGGGGUUCUGGCUCAUCGAAACGGACGAAGCUAAGUGGCUGUACCGAGCCAAGCGAGAUGAGUACUACGUGUGGCUGGCCUCAUGUUUGCUGACGGUCGGGUUGGGGAUUUUACCUGGACUCGUGGCGUCUAUCGUCUGUUCGUUGGUCGCAGUGAUGGUCCAAACCAAGCAGCCAGAAGUGUCCACGUUGGCCCGCGUCAACGCUCCAGGGCCAACCCACACAGUCCAGUAUGUGCCCAUGGCAAGUGCUGCUGGCCCUAGUAGCGUUAUGUUAUGUGCCACCUCUGCCUCCAUCAUGGUCGACAUUCUGGUACUACGUAUCGAAGGCUCGCUGUAUUUUGGCAACUGCAACAAUGCCAUGGAGUUGCUGCAGCGUGCUACCACGACCUACCAACAGAUACACCAUGUCGUGCUUAGUGGAGUCGUCGUGGACGUGGCGUAUGUGCAGGAUAUGGAUGCGACGACCAUGCAAAUGAUCGAACGAUUUGCUCGAGCUUUGUCCCGUGACACCAUUGGACUGUGCCUCGCGAAUGCGCAGCCGAAACUGGCGCGAAGUUUAAACGCGAGUGGGGUGUGCCACGUAUUAUUUGUGGCGGAUGUGGCGUCGUCGAUUGACGAUACCAUUCUCAUCAUGCGAGCAACCAACGAAGGAGACGAUGAUCCGUUGCUGUAGUUGGCGUUGUUUGAAUAGAGUAUGCGUGAAUAACUAACUGUAAAGCAAAAUUCCUCAACUCAUUGGA